UGAUGUUGCAGCCUCUGGGUAGAAGGGUCUAUAUUAUUGAUGUUGCAGCCUCUGGGUAGAAGGGUCUAUAUUAAUGAUGUUGCAGCCCUUGAGGCAGUUACUUGAGAUGACAAUGCACCUCUUCACAGGGCUCUUCACACUAUCCUCCUGUCAGUAUCACUAUGUAAGGGACCCUAAAAACUGGACUGAAGCACAGAGGUACUGCAGAGAGAAGUACACGGACCUGGCCACCGUAAGCAACAUGGAGGAUAUGAACAGACUGAACCACUUGACUACAGACAGCGGUUAUGAUGGCGCAGUGUGGAUAGGACUGAAGAAGGGACAGUAUUCCAGGUGGCAGUGGUCUCUGGCAGACAUAGACCACUAUAGUAAGGGACAGACUCAGUUUAGUGAAUUUUGGGACCAAAACCAGCCAGGCAAUUUGAAUGAAGAUUGUGGUGUCAUGACGAAUUCUGGAAAAUGGCACGACUAUUUUUGUACUACUCAACACUUUCCAGUGUGCUACGACGGGACUAAGCCUCCAGCUGGUCAUUUCCUAAUGGUUCAACAGCUAAUGACCUGGAGGGAGGCUCAGCUCUACUGCAGGAAGCACCACACAGACCUGGCCAGUGUGAGGAACCAGACUGAGAACAAAGAGAUCUGUAACGUGGCCGGGAGUAACAACGUUUGGGUCGGCCUGUUCAAAGACACCUGGACGUGGUCGGACCAGAGUAACUCCUCGUUCAGAUACUGGGUCGACAGACAACUGAACGAGUCCUGCGCUGCUUGGAAUCGUAGUACCUCAGGCCAAUGGAUAGACAGAGAAUGUCUGAAGGAAUGUCCCUUUGUUUGCUACGGUAACCCAAGACCCCCAACAGUCAAGAAGAUACAGGUAGUGAGAGUGCGGAUGACCCCAGACCCAAACAUGGACCUGAAUGAUGCUAAGAAGAGGGAGGCCAUUUUACAGCAGAUAAAGGAGAAAAUGAAGGCCAAUGGGAUGACUUGGAACUUCGAACUGAGAUGGAAAGAGCAGCCAGGUGAAAAGGUCUUCCACAAGGAAGAGAAGAAAGAGAACGACAGAGAGAAAAAAAGGGAGCCGAAAAAUAAGGAAGAGCUUUGAAUAGAAGCACAUGGAGUUAGUGUGCGGAUCGGUUGCCAUGUUAGUGUGUGGAUCGGUUGCCACCUAUAAUUAAUGAUUCCCUUCUCAUCUCACAUUGUAUUAACUUAUCAUGAGAAUUCCCGAGAAGCAGGUGUUUAGAGGAUAUAUUUGCAUCGUCUCAGGCAGCAAACCAAUAUAUCCUUCAAACACCGGCUUCUCGGGCAUUAUCACUUUUACACAACGGAUUACCAACAUAUUCAAAUAAUAAUUUAUUGAUGAAGUC